AUGGCUGACAACCUGCUGGAUGUGGGACCUCCGAACUCAAAGCGGCCAAAGCUGAAUUCACCUGCGCUGUCAGCCUCGGAUGGACCAGAUAUUGGGUUAUCCUGGGACGAUCUAGAGAAUGAUCUGCCUGAUGAGUUGAUUCCCAACGGUGAUGUUAGUCUGAUGGGUGGAAUGCCAUCCAAUGGCGGAGCGGCCAGUGGUGCCACAGGAGGGAGUGUUGUCCCGGAUGCAGCGGCGAAGCACAAGCAACUGUCAGAACUUCUUCGUGGGAGCACAACAAACAUCACCGGCACAGGUCUCAACUCUGCCAGCCCACAGUCUGGUAACAUGGGUGCACAGCUGGCCUCAGCAUUAGGUAAAAGUCCUCUUGGCCAGGGAUCCCCCAACAAUCAUCCGUCUCCUCAGGCUCAAAAAGCCGUAACACCAACAGGAGUUGCAGGACAGAACAACAAUAACACCACAACUAUGGGCUUUAACCAAGCUAUGAUGAACAAUAACCAGACUCAUCCAGGGCUCCUGGCCCAGCCACAGUCGGGCCAAGUGAUGAACGGUGGAAUAGGACCAGGGGUGGGGAGAGGAAGGGGUACAGGAAUACAUUUUCAAAACCCCACGAUGCAGGCAGCACCCCCAGGAGGAGCUGGUAGUGCCCUGGCAGAGACUCUUACCCAGGGGCAGCAGAUGGUGGCCCAUUCUGCUCUGGGUGCACAACAACAAACGGCCAACUUGAAUAAGGUGAGUAGUAAUGGUGCCCCAUUUGGAGCCCAGUCUUACGGACAGGCUGCUUCAGGUCCGGGGCAGCUCCAGAACAAGGCCCUCACCAACAGUUUACCAUCCUUCCCCAAUGAACUCAAAGGGGCGUCAGUAACCAGUGUGCCAAACAUGCAGCAGACAGCCAUGCUGCCUCUGGCGGGUGGUGGGGGAGUGGCAGUGCCUUCGGCUGGACCUACUGCUGACCCAGAGAAACGCAAACUCAUUCAGCAGCAGCUGGUCCUGCUGCUCCACGCACACAAAUGCCAGCGGAGAGAACAGGCAAAUGGGGAGGUGAGGCCGUGUGCCUUACCCCAUUGCCGCACUAUGAAGAACGUCCUAAACCACAUGACCCACUGUCAAGCUGGCAAGUCCUGCCAAGUUGCCCAUUGUGCAUCAUCCAGACAGAUUAUCUCUCACUGGAAAAACUGUACACGCCAUGAUUGUCCUGUGUGUCUACCACUGAAAAACGCCAGUGAUAAAAGAACACAACCACCCAUGCUGAGCUCCCCCAACACAGGCCUCCAAAACCCCAUGUCGGCAGUAGGGGUAGGCCAGCCCAGUGCUCCCACCAUCAAUACAUCAGCACCCAUCGACCCAAGCUCCAUGCAGAGGGCCUAUGCAGCACUUGGGCUCACCUACAACAGUCAGACAACGGGGCAGGCACAUGGUCCCGGACAGACAACGGCUCCCAGUGCACAGACUCAGCAGCUUCAGCCAAUGAGACCUAUGGCCCACGGAAACCAGAUUUCUUUGGGAGGUUCAUCAAUGGGUGUAACCGCUGCUGAUCAGGCUAACCUACACACAGAAAGUAUCCCUAAUGCCCUAAACACGAACAAUCAGCUUCUCCAAGAUGGAUCCUCAGUAGGCUCUAUGGGAAACCUGCCCACUGCAGCUCCUUCUGCCACAGGCAUCAGGAAGGCCUGGCAUGAACAUGUGACUCAGGAUCUGCGUAAUCACCUUGUUCACAAACUAGUCCAAGCCAUAUUUCCGACUCCAGACCCUGCUGCUCUGAAGGACCGGCGAAUGGAGAACCUUGUGGCCUAUGCACGGAAAGUGGAGGGUGACAUGUAUGAGACGGCAAAUAGCAGGGAUGAAUAUUACCAUUUUCUGGCUGAGAAGAUUUAUAAAAUCCAAAAAGAAUUAGAAGAAAAGAGGCGCUCUAGGCUACAGAAGCAAAUCAUCAACCAGUCAUCUAUGGCUGCAACAGGGGCACAGCAGCCUGGCCUUCCUCAGCCGAAUGCCCUCGGUGUAAGACCUCAGAAUGGCCCCGUCACUAUGCCAAAUUUGCCAAACGCAAUAGGGAUAAAUCGUUUGCAAGUUUCACAAGGAAUUAACCAGUUUAACCAUAUGACACUACCAAACGCUCAAAUACCCCAAGCUCCAAUGGGAGCCCGGGCGGCUUCACCAUUAAAUCAUCCACAACAGAUGAACAUGACUGUUCCACCGAGAGGUAUGUCUCCCUCUCGAGGGCCUGCUACCCAGGGCAUGAUGGCAGGUCAUGGCACUACAAACAUGGUAGGGCAGAAUACAAACCAGGGCCAGUUUCUACCCCAGAAUCAGUUUCCACCCGCUGUGGCCGCCCCAGGAGCCAUGAAUGUGACUGUGGGACCGGGCAUGGGCCAGGCACAAGCUGCUGUCACUCAGUUGUCACAGCCAGGAGCCAGUCUGGACAAUAGAGCGCCGACGCCAGUGUCAGCUGCCAGUGCUGACCUGCAUCCGCCCCAUGUUGGUGCUGACCUGCCUCUUCAAGAGGUGAAAACAGAAAUGCACAACGAACAACACAACUUUGAAGCCGCUGGCGGCAAAACUGAGCCCAAGAUGGAGACAGAAGAUGACCUUAGUUCAAUGGCGGUGAAGAAGGAGGAGCCAGAAGAGAAGCAGGAAGCAAUGGAGGUGGAUGAGAAAAAAAUUGAAAUUAAGAAAGAACCCAAAGAUGAAGAAGAGGCUGGAGCAAUCAACUCUUCUUCCUCUCCCACUCAAUCACGGCGAAAAAUUUUUAAACCAGAAGAGUUACGGCAAGCGCUGAUGCCAACAUUGGAGUCUUUGUACAGACAAGAUCCUGAAUCUCUGCCGUUCAGACAACCAGUGGAUCCACUCCUUUUGGGCAUCCCAGAUUACUUUGACAUUGUGAAGAAUCCUAUAGAUCUUUCUACCAUAAAACGGAAGCUUGACACAGGACAAUACCAAGAGCCAUGGCAAUAUGUAGACGAUGUUUGGUUGAUGUUUAAUAAUGCCUGGCUUUACAACCGCAAGACCUCCCGUGUGUAUAAGUACUGCUCCAAACUCGCUGAAGUGUUCGAGGCUGAGAUUGACCCAGUGAUGCAAGGCCUGGGCUACUGCUGUGGCAGGAAGUACGAGUUCUCCCCUCAAACACUUUGCUGCUACGGAAAACAGCUUUGCACAAUACCGACUGGCGGCACAUACUACAGUUACCAGAACAGGUAUCAUUUCUGUGAAAAGUGCUUCAAUGAGAUCCAAGGGGAGAGUGUCACACUGGGCGAUGAUCCUGCUCAACCUCAGACGAUGAUUUCAAAAGACCAGUUUGAAAGAAAAAAGAAUGAUGUUCUGGAUCCUGAACCGUUUGUUGAAUGUAAAGAUUGUGGGCGUAAGAUGCAUCAGAUAUGCGUUUUACACUAUGAAGUCAUCUGGCCAUCUGGAUUCAUCUGUGACAACUGUUCAAAGAAAAGUGGCAAAACACGCAAAGAUAACAAAUUUACUGCCAAACGGCUUCAGUCCACUCGACUGGGAACCUUCAUAGAGGACCGUGUGAAUAAGUAUUUGAAAAGACAGAACCAUCCAGAGGCCGGAGAGGUCUUUGUGCGAGUGGUAGCGAGCUCUGACAAAACGGUAGAAGUAAAACCUGGCAUGAAAUCCAGGUUUGUUGAUACGGGAGAAAUGCCCGAAACCUUCCCCUACAGAACCAAAGCACUUUUCGCCUUUGAGGAGAUUGAUGGUGUUGACGUGUGCUUUUUUGGCAUGCACGUACAGGAGUAUGGCUCUGAAUGUACAUUUCCAAACACAAGGCGUGUAUACAUAUCAUAUCUGGACAGUAUUCAUUUCUUCAAACCACGUAUUUUACGAACAGCUGUCUACCACGAAAUCCUUAUUGGCUAUUUAGAAUAUGUCAAGAAACUAGGUUAUGCUCAGGGGCACAUCUGGGCAUGUCCACCCAGUGAAGGAGAUGACUACAUCUUCCAUUGUCACCCUCCAGAUCAAAAGAUUCCUAAGCCCAAAAGGCUCCAAGAGUGGUACCGGAAAAUGUUAGACAAGGCAUUUGCUGAGAGGAUCAUACAUGACUACAAGGACAUCUUCAAGCAGGCAACAGAGGAUCGUAUAACAAGUGCUAAUGAGCUGCCUUACUUUGAGGGUGACUUCUGGCCCAACGUGUUGGAGGAGAGCAUUAAGGAGCUGGAACAGGAAGAGGAAGAGAGGAAAAAGGAGGAAAACACAGCAGCCUCUGAAACUCCUGAGGGGACUCCAGUGGACAGCAAAAACGCAAAGAAAAAGAACAAUAAAAAGACAAACAAAAACAAGAGCAGCGUGAGCCGAGCAAAUAAGAAGAAGCCAGGAAUGCCGAACGUAGCAAAUGAUUUGUCCCAGAAAUUGUAUGCAACUUUGGAGAAGCACAAAGAGGUGUUCUUUGUGAUCCACCUCCACUCUGCACAAAUGAUCAACACUCUGCCGCCUCUCGUGGACCCGGACCCCAUGCUCUCCUGUGACCUGAUGGAUGGGCGGGAUGCGUUCCUCACUUUAGCUCGAGACAAACACUGGGAGUUCAGCUCUCUCAGAAGAUGCAAGUGGAGCACAAUGUGCAUGCUUGUCGAGUUGCAUAACCAGGGCCAGGACCGCUUCGUCUACACUUGUAAUGAGUGCAAACAUCAUGUGGAGACUCGUUGGCACUGCACAGUUUGUGAGGACUUUGACUUGUGCAUUAACUGUUACAACUCAAAGGGCCACGAUCAUCAGAUGGUCAAGUGGGGUCUUGGUCUGGACGACGACAGCAACAGUCAGAGCGGGGAGGCGUCAAAGAGCCCACAGGAGAGUCGCCGCUUGAGUAUUCAGCGCUGUAUACAGUCCUUGGUCCAUGCUUGUCAGUGUCGCAAUGCCAACUGCUCACUCCCUUCCUGUCAGAAAAUGAAGCGUGUGGUUCAGCACACCAAAGGUUGCAAACGCAAAACCAAUGGUGGCUGUCCUGUCUGCAAACAGCUCAUUGCUUUGUGCUGUUAUCAUGCAAAGCACUGUCAGGAGAACAAGUGUCCUGUCCCCUUCUGUUUGAAUAUCAAACACAAGCUUCGCCAGCAGCAGUUGCAGCAUAGGCUACAGCAGGCCCAGAUGAUGAGGAGAAGAAUGGCUACCAUGCAGGCCAGGAGCAUGCCGCUACCCUCCCCACCUACCUCCGCUGCUUCCAAUACGCCCACUGGUCACAUACAACCCACUACUCCCCAGACCCCUCAGCCGCCCAUGUCUAAUCAACCACAGACUCCAAACUCUGUGGGUGUGAUGUCCCCCUCAUAUCCUAAUGCCCCACGCAACGGACAGCCACCUCCUCAGGGGAAACCUGGCCCACAGGCUUCUCCUCUGCAUCAGCAGCAGUCCCCUCUGCCGCAGCCCCCUCAGCCACAGCAGCAGAUGGCCCAGCAGCCCCCACUCGCAGCGGUCAAGAUGGCUCGGCACAUAGAGAUCAUUGCACAGGCCCAGCAGAACCAAUCCAACUACCGGGUCAACAUCAACGGGCUGCCCAUGAACCAGUCUCCUCAGCCACGCAUGAGUGGGCCGAUGCAGCCCCCAAUGCAGAUGGCCCCUGGACCUCGAGGGCCCCCACAACAAGUCAUGCAGCCCAACAUGGCUCCAGGUCAGUGGCCCGUAGCUGCAGGACCCAUGCAGACUCCACAACCUCAGCAGUCAGGCCUUGUGCCAGGACAGAAUCCACAGACCAUGGCCAUGCAGCGACCUAUGAUUGCCCCUGGACAACAGCCUCAGCCAGGGCAGAGAAUGCUCAUCGCUCAACAACCUGGCGUCCGGCCGCAGGCACCCCCAAGGCCGGGAGCAGUUGCUCCCAAUGCUCUCCAGGACCUUCUCCGUACUUUGAAGUCCCCAAGCUCCCCACAACAGCAACAGCAGGUUCUUAACAUCCUAAAAUCAAACCCUCAACUCAUGGCUGCCUUCAUAAAGCAGCGGACAGCCAAGUACCAUGCCAACCAACCGCAGGUUCAGCCAGGUCAACCUCAGCAGCCACAGAUGGGUGGCAUGCAAGCCAUGGCAAUGCCAGGUGGAGCUGUACAGAGGCCUGGUAUGCCCCCUCAGCAGCCUCCUGCCCAGGGUAUGACUGCUCUCGGACCCCAAGGCCAGCUCAUAAAUUCAGCACAUGGUAACGCCGCUCAGCUCCAAGAGAUUUACCGGCGGCAACAGCUCCUCAGACAGCAACAACAGCAGCAGCAGGGUGUGAUGCCCCAAGGCCAUGGCCAGUUCCCAGCGCAGGCCCCUGGCCCCACAACUACCUACUCCCAGCUCCGCAUGCAGCAGCAGAUCACCAUGCAGCCUGGAGCGGGGACAGCAGCAGGGGCUAUGACCCAACUCUCACCAAUGAACCAAAUUGGUCAGCCUGGUUUGGCCAUGGACUCUACCCAGAAUCUACUGCACCAGCGAAUGCUUCAGCAGCAAAUCCCCCAGCAGCAGCAAGCUGUUCUCAAACAGCAGAUGGGGUCUCCCGUGCAGCCUGGCCCUAUAAGCCCCCAGACACACCUGCUAGCGGGACAGGCACUGGGUGGCCCUCACCUUCCUGGACAGCCCGCACUUACUAAUGCUCUUGGUAAACAAGUCCGCUCCCCUGCCCCAGUCCAGUCGCCCUGUCCGCCCUCGCAACCUCAGCUCCCGCCACAUUCCAGUCCCUCGCCACAGGUGCAAACCCAGCCCUCGCCGCAGCACCUGCCGCACACGGGCUCACCGCAUCCAGGCUUAGGGGGCCCUCUGUCGGCAUCUAUGGAGCAGGGACAUUUGGGGACUCCAGAACAGAGCGCCAUGCUACCACAGAUAAACACGCCCAACAGAGGGUUGAACAAUGAAUUGGUGGGAGAUGCUACAGGGGACACACUAGAGAAAUUUGUUGAGGGAUUGUAG